AUGAGAAAAACACUCUCAAACUACGAUAUCCCAAUCGACAAGAUAUACAUAGGCAAAGGAACUAGAAAAAUGAUCCACCUGAUGAUUAAAAAAGAACAAUCUCUCCUAAAUAUCAUUAGAGAUAGAAGCAAAUUGGGAACCUUCAUCACCUCCAGUAGAGACUUCCACGUUCUCACAGGAAGAGUAAGAAUUCCCAGAGAAAAGGCAGGAAUAGUGGACGCCCUCAUCAAAACUGCCUUUGCAGAAGAAAUACCCUAUGCAAUAUACAAUACUAUAUACUCCACCGACCACCUCAUAGUAUUCGGUCUAAUAGAAUGCAAAAUAGGCGAUCAAAUGAAAUCUGGCCAACACAUUACAGAAAUCGCAAACUUUACCAUCAGAACGGCCACCAAAACCUACUCCUCACAAAAGAAAAACAAGAAAGUAGAGACAAACAACACGGAGGAACCAUUAGAAGAUAAGAUGACAGAUCCUCCUAACACUCAAAACAGGAUAGCAAUCAAAUCCUCUCAACCAAAACCACAACAACAAACAAACAACUCAGCAAACAAUCAGUCUGAUAAACAAUCAACACAAGAGAAAAAAGCCCAAGCAAAAAAGUCGCUCUCAACCUCUUCCCCCCAAAAACCAAGCAGAAUCUCAAUCUGUCAAACCCACCACAACCACUACCACAACAUCCAACGCCAUCCAAAAAGACAAUGCCAACAAAACGAGCACUAA